AAUUUUGACGUUGAAUAUGUUUACUGGAUAUAAUGUUAAUUCUUAAUGCCCACGUCAGACAUAAAGAAUAUAUUUUUGCUUCACGUAUUUUCUAUGCAAAUAAAUCAUGUGUACACCAAUUAAUUACUUUGAGUGAUUAAGACUUCUCUGCAAAACAUGCUUCACUAAUGCGAGUCAGGACAAUUUUUGGUUCGAGAUCUGAUGAUGCGCGCACUGGUUCUUCUAAGUUUACACCUACUGACAGACAUCUGGGGAUGGCCCUCCUUUAACGACUACAUACCAAACGGUGACAAGGUCCCCAAUCCGUGCAACCCCUCCCUAAUAUGGUACGGGGUGGGGCACCUUGGUGCCCAUGGAUCAGGACCUAGAAAUCAAUUUGGAAAAGAUUUUCUGAAAGCCAAUAAGAAAUGGGAGGACAUUUGUCGUCUGGAUUCGGACGGGGACGGUCAGUACAAUGGGCUGGAGCUAGGGGACCCAAACUGUGAGUGGUCCACCACCAACAGGAACCUGACCCUCCCGGCCUUUUCACAUCCAGGUAUCUGUGAACCCUGGGACAGCCCGAGAUGUCUUGCUAUGAAUGGCUCUUUGGACUGCGAUGCCGACAAAGUCUCCACUAAAUGUGAACAAAUUGAUGAACCAGGUGUAAAGAAGUAUGACAUGUUCCUUAACAACUAUUCCAUUCCAUUAAAAGAGUGGAGCUUUGUUUGCCGAAUAUUCAAUUUGCCGACGAAUAAAGACUAUCACGUGAUAGCAUCUAAACCAAUCAACCACCAGCAUAAACUUCUGAAAAAAGUAGCAGUCUAUGGAUGCAAUCCAAACAUGGAACGGAUUACACGACUGGGGGUUUUUGAAUGCUCCUCGAUAAUCGCCAAACCUUGUCAAGAUCUCAUUGCAAUAAUGACCACCGACCAAAUGGACCAGGGCAACUGUUUUCCACGUGACGUGGGGCUACAGAUUGGCAAAACAGGAUACAAGCAAAUUCUUAUGAAGUGGACAUUUGUCAAUCCAAGGAAAGAACAAUCCGUGACACAGGCGGGAAUGUCACUGUUCAUCACCCCAAAUCUGAAGAAAUAUAACGCCGGGGUGGCCAUUCUGGAGGAGACGCACUUCAGCGUGCCGGGAAACCUCCCUAGUUACUCGGUGUCGUCUGCUUGUCCUAGUUCCUGUACACAGCUCCAAAUGAGAUCACCAGUUACCAUCGUGGCGGGAGUUAACGUCAUGAGGCAUUAUGGUGUUAAACAGCGAGUGGAUGUUGAAAGAAAUGACAGGAUCUACAACUCUAUUACAAAUGACACUAGCUAUGACGUUUUCGACCCAACUGUUUUCUGGUACACAACCCCUGUGCCAGUCCUUCCCGGUGAUAUGUUGAAGCUGACUUGUGAGUACAACACAAUGAAUGUGCGCAGUGAUGUUAACUGGGGAAUGGGGCCAAAUCAGGAGCUGUGUAAAACCAUCCUCAUCUUUUACCCAAAGGAAAACUGGGACGACCAUCACUGUGAAAGCUUUAAAAAUAUCCCCCUUUGUGCCUUGGAGAUCGGUGAUUCUGUGUUUGGGUGUACCUACGGUGGAUUUAUGACGGCCUUAAAUUCAAAUCCUCUCUACGACCUCACAAAAUGUUCAAUUUUGUCCACAUGUACAGACGAAUGCCUGCAACGCGUAACGGCUGUCCGAGGGACGCCUUGUCUCUCAGGAGAUAUGUACGAAUUGUGGAAACUCAUGGCGAGGUCACUGAGAAAUAACAAAUUAAUUACUUUGUUUAAAGCACUUGUAACCUGCGAGGAAAGAUAUACCACCACUUUGUUAGGAACAAGGUCUCAAAGCCAUGGUAGAGGAUAGCAUUUAAACCUAUGCUACCCGUAAUCAAAUAUAGUAUAUCCUCACUAAGGCUAUUCAAAGACUGACAGGAAAUUGUAUGUUUGUUUGUUAACUUUAUAUUAACAUGUUACCCCAUGCCAUAUUUUUUUAAUGUGAAAUGAAGUGUUUCAUUGCA